CGAAGGUCCUUGGAGUUAUUUGAAUACCGUAUACAAUGUAACGCGGGCGUGGCGUCUUGUUGGUUUGGGUGAAAACAUGAAAUAAACAAAACUCUUUCAGUAAGUUCCAUCUGUUACGUAUUUGAUUAUAAAAAUCCUUGGGGAUUUGGGGUAUAAAUGGGGAUUGAUUCGAAUUGCAACUCAUUCUGUUUCUUGAACUCAUCAAGAAGUAAUCCAAAAUGUUCGCUAAGGUCGCUAUCCUUCUCGUAGCCGUCGCUGCUGCCCAGGCUUCCGUCUUGUACGGAGGACAUGCUGCUUUGGUCAACACCGGUGUCAGCACCAGUGCACGAUCUCAAGAUGCUUUCGGUAACUAUGCUUUCAACUAUGGAAUCAAGGACGGACUCGGUGCCACCAACUCUCGAUCCGAAGUAGGAGAUGCCCACGGAAACAAGAAGGGAUCCUACACCAUUGCCGACAUCGACGGAAGGGCCCGACGAGUUGACUACGUCGCUGACGGACACGGAUUCCGAGCCGUAGUCAACACCAACGAACCCGGAACUGCCGCCAGCGCCCCAGCUGCCGCCCUCGUCGCCAGCCCCUACGCCGGUCCCGUUGCCCCAGUCGUCAACCACGUAGCACCUGCUGCUGCCGUUGUUGGACACGCUGCCUCCUACGCUGCUCCCUUGGCUGUUGCCGCCCCAGCUUUCGCUGCCCCAGUUGCUUAUGGUGGAGUGAUCGGACACGGUGCUGCCUUUGCCGCACCCGUAGCAUACGGUGGAGUCAUUGGACACGGAGCUGCCUAUGGUCUUGGUGCUCCUCUUGCCUAUGGAUAUGGUCAUGGAUACGGCAAAGCUCUCCUCCAUUAAAAUGUCUUUUCAGAAUUUCAAACUUACGCCAUCAAAUUGAGAACAAAGAUUUAUCGAAAAUUGUAUUUAUUGUUCAGGAAUGGGAAAGUCUAUUUCAUUGUGAUGUGUAAAUAAAAAAAU